AUCAAUUUCAAUUUGAAAAAUGCGCAAAACACUCUUUUUGUUGUUUUUGCUAAAAUUGUCUCUUUGUGGUAGCGUGUAUCGUCCCUCGUUUUUAAGCGACGAUGAAAUUGCUCAUGUUCGUUUUGAAAGAGAUGAUAAUAGUGCCCCUUGCAAUGAAGAUGAUUUAAUGAAUUUUCUUGCCGAAAUUCAAGUGAUCAACCCUGAAAGUGUUGUAAAAUUGGCCACUUUAAGCGACAUUAAACCGUCAUGUAAUCGCGUGGCCGAAAAUUUGGAAAAAAUUAAGGCGUACCUGAAAACUUGUACUCCCCCUAAUCAGCCUGACUUGUAUUUGCAAUUAAUCAAAGGAGUUGAAGCACUACAUGAAAAGAUAUGUACCGAAUCUCCAUUCAAAACCCAAUUUGAAAAAAUUCACAAGUGCCUCCAUGAACUGAGAAAUGAUUUGGAAGACUGCGGAGGACCAGCAGACUGGAACGAAAAUUCAGACAAUGCUGCUGUUUGCAAGGCCUACAAAGCCAUAGCAGAUUGUUAUUACAUCAAAACUGCUAAAGUCUGUGGAAACAGCGCUGCAUCAACGACUAGAGAACUUCUACAAGCAAUAAUUGACAGCAUACUUACAAUAAAAUGUGACAAUGUAAAGGAAACACCUAAAGUUAAAGAUCCAAUGCCCGAAGAAUAUAUCAAAAAAGAAAACAAGGCUGACAUGAUUCUUCCAACUGUACUUAAUUUAGUAAUAAUGACUAUAACAUUGAUUUUUAUUUAAUCUUUAAUGUCUCUAAAUUAUUGUAAUAAAGGUUGUGAAAUGAA